AGAUUACCACGCUUAAUAUGACUAGCGAGGCUGGCUCGAGGAAAGAGCCAAGUCCUCGUGAGGAAAGGAUUGGAUUGGAUAAGGAUGGAGGCUAUGUGAACAGUCGAGGGGAAGGACUGUCACAUAGAUUUCAGGAUGGAAUGCCCGGGGAUAAGGGCAAGGGAAAGGAUAAUGGAUUGAAUGGAAGUGCGUCAGGCUCGAGGACAGAGCGGAUAGCACAUGGACAAAAUAUGACACAAAGGAGGAGUCGCUCGCGACAUCGAUCAAGUGACUAUGACAGCGAGGAAGAGUACAGGAGGAGGAGAAGGAACAGGAGAACAAGGAGGAGGAGGAGUUAUUCGUCAUCUGGAUCAUCUGGACCUGGAGGAUCACCGGUACUGCCUACCAGAAGGACUCGAGGAGAGAGAAGUAAGGGAUCUGAUCCUAAUAUUAUGUUAGACAAAUUUUUGAACAUCCUUGAUAAUUUCAAACGUUCGGAUAAGCCCAAAUUAACUUUUAACACAAAUGUAGUGCCUGAAUUUGAUCCGAGUUCGAAGGAGCAGACCAUUCUCACUUGGCUAACGAAAGUGGAAGAGUGUGCACAAAUUUAUGGAUGGGAGGAUAAAGAAAUAAUCCACUAUUCGUUACCCAAGCUGACUGGUCUAGCUAAAACAUGGUACCAGGGCUUAUCCACGUUGUUAUUCACUUGGACUGAAUGGAAACAGAAGUUAAUAGAAUCAUUUCCUUAUCGGGAGGACUACGCUGAACUAUUAACGGAAAUGUUAGCUAAGAAAGUUAAAUACGGCGAGUCGUUUGAGCACUACUAUUACGCGAAAGUCAACUUGCUUAACCGCUGUAAGAUCUACAACAAACAUGCAGUUGACUGCCUUCUUAACGGUAUAGAGGAUCGCACUGUCAAAGUCAGUGCUCAAGCGGCUCAGUUUAAGGAACCUGAAGAAGUCCUUAAAUAUUUUAGAACUAUAAAAGUUGGCCAACCCCGUGACAAUAAUAAUGCAGCAUCCUUUAAAAAAAAAAAAUAA